GGAGACCCGCGUGGUUGCAUCUCUGCUCUCAGCAUCCUGGGUCCCUUUAGUGUACAUGGGUCUCGGCUUGCUGCUGUCCGCCCCGUGUGGACUGGCUGCGGGCCGGCGGAGUGGCUCUGGACUGUGGAGGAAGAGCGCAAAGAAUGCCCGUGGUGAUUGAGGGGCAAGCAGCUGAUAUUUGGGACAUGUUGGGGGGGAGAAGAAAGAAAACACAAGCUAUCUGCCACGCAGGGGAGUGAAGGGAAAAGGAGAGCUAGAGGGGGCUAUGGACAUGCCGGAGGAUGACUCGUUGAAGAAUCAGACGGAAGACGGAGAGGAGCCAAGUCGGGGAAGCGUGCGUCCCGCAUGGGCAGUUACGGCGCUGGCCAGCGUGCUGAUCUUCACUACUGUUGUGGAUGUGUUGGGAAACCUGCUGGUCAUCAUCUCUGUGGCAAGGAAUCGCAAACUCCGAAAUGUGGGAAAUGCCUUCGUGGUGAGCCUAGCCUUCGCCGACUUGAUGGUAGCAUUCUACCCUUAUCCUCUGGUGUUGUAUGCAAUUUACCAUGAUGGGUGGUCACUUGGAGAGACCCAGUGCAAGGUAAGUGGCUUCCUGAUGGGUUUGAGCGUCAUUGGCUCCAUCUUCAACAUCACGGGCAUCGCCAUCAACCGCUACUGCUACAUCUGCCACAACUUCAGCUACGACAAGCUGUACAGCAAUCGGAACACACUCCUACUGGUCACACUUAUUUGGUGCUUGACACUCACGGCCAUUGUGCCAAAUUUGUUUUUUGGCUCCCUGCAGUACGACCCCCGUGUCUACUCGUGCACAUUUGCUCAGACUGUCAGCACUUCCUAUACCAUAACAGUGGUGGUCAUCCAUUUCUUUGUGCCCAUUUCUGUGGUCACGUUCUGUUACAUGCGAAUAUGGAUCUUGGUUAUUCAGGUAAGGCGCAAGGUGAAAUCAGAGGUGCGUCCUCGCAUCAAGCCCAGCGACUUAAGGAACUUCAUCACCAUGUUUGUAGUGUUUGUGCUUUUUGCCAUUUGUUGGGCACCACUGAACUUCAUUGGGCUCGCUGUCGCCAUCGACCCAGAAGAAGUCACCCCUCGCAUCCCAGAGUGGCUCUUUGUCGUCAGCUAUUUCAUGGCUUACUUCAACAGUUGCCUUAAUGCCAUCAUCUACGGCCUACUGAAUCAGAACUUUCGCAGGGAGUACAAACGUAUUAUCAUGUCUAUUUGUUGGCCACACCUCUUCUUCCAAGAAACAUCACGGGGAGGGACCGAGGGCAUGAGAAGCAAACCAUCACCAGGACUCAACAAUAAUGAACAAGUCAAAGGAGAAACUCUAUGACACAAUUAAUUCCUAUUGUAGCAAAGCCUCAACAAGGACUUGAAACGCAAUGGGCAUGUGAGCUAUAAUGAAAGGAAAUGACAAAAAACUGUUCACCCUUUACAAAGCUAAUCAAUCUAUUUAUUUUUCUUUGUCUUGGGACCUUGGGCAUUUUACUCCUACAAUUUGACUGCGCAAGUUAUUUUUAUUUACAGGGGGUCCUCAGGUUACAAUGCGCUUGACCUACGACAUUUCAACUUUACGACUUUCAUGCUUCGUCAGCCAUUUAGUCCCCAAGUGCCAUAUUUUCCUAGGUUGGUUAAAGCAUACUUCCAG